ACCAGUCUACAGACUAAGAAUACGCUAUGCUCUUUGUGGGCGGAUCGACCCCGCGUUCAGGUUUACAGGAAAUAUGACUUUCAGGAAGUAGACUUUGAGAAUUUUUUCCCCCCCAGCUACAGUAGUAAAUCGAGAGAAAGUGAAGGUUACUUUCAUGAACAAAAGUGUAUGCUAGGUAGCUGCGUCUAUCAUUAUCAAACUAACUUUUUUCGUUGGCCAAAGUCUACUUUUCAGAUCCUGUGUUGUUGUGUGGCUGAGGUCAGGACUAUCUGAGGAUCAUGAGUCGCGUUCCCCUGCAGCAGCAGCAGAGCUGUGGCUCCUGGGAGCUGAAGGAACGCCUGGGGACCGGGGGCUUCGGGAAUGUCACCCGAUGGCAGAACAAGGACACAGAGGAGCAGAUAGCCAUUAAGCAGUGUCGUCAGGAGCUGAGUGAGAGGAACAGAGAACGCUGGUGUUUGGAGAUACAGAUCAUGAAGAGACUGGACCAUGUGAAUGUGGUAGCAGCGAGGGAGGUUCCUGAAGGGCUGCAGUCCUCCUUACGCAUCAAUGAUCUACCUCUACUGGCCAUGGAGUACUGUCAGGGAGGUGACCUGAGGAAGUAUCUGAACCUGUUGGAGAACUGCUGUGGAAUGAGGGAGGGUUCCAUCCUUAUUCUGCUACGGGACAUAUCCUCUGCUCUGACCUACCUUCAUAAGAAGAGGAUCAUCCACAGAGAUCUGAAGCCAGAGAACAUCGUCCUCCAGCAGGGAGAGAAGAGAUUGAUCCAUAAGAUCAUAGAUCUGGGCUACGCCAAGGAACUGGACCAGAACAGUCUGUGUACCUCAUUCGUUGGAACACUGCAAUACCUGGUGUGUGGCGCUACUGUGGCUAACACUUCUUCUAUCUGUUCUCUCUCUCUCUCUCCCCUCUCCUUCCCCCCGUCUGUCUCUGUUUCUAUCUCCUCUCUCUCUUCCCUCCCCUCCCUCUCUCCAGACCAGAGGUGUGGGGGGGACAGUCAAGAGGUAGUACGUCUGGUGGUCCAGGCAGUCCAGUUCUACGAGAGGAAACUCAAAGACUUCUACACACACCUCAGUAAGACGGUGGUGUGUCGUCAGCGUGUAAUGGAGCUGCUACCCCGUGUAGAGGGAGUGGUACAGAGAAUGGCUGAGAGUGAACAGGUCCUGAUGAAUCUACAGGAGAGACGGCAGAGGGAACUAUGGAACCUGCUGAAAGUAGCCUGUAGUAAGGUGCGCAGCCCGGUGAGUGGGAGUCCUGUGGAUGGGGGACGCUCUUCCUCCUCUGUUCCCCCUCUACUGACCCCCAGACCCAGCCUACAGCAGCUGGAUGAGUCUCUGUUGGUGAUCGAGGAGAGCAGGACGUUUGAGAGUAGACUACAGAGUCUGAUACAGGAGACCAUCCAGGAGUCUGAAAGCGAUAUGCAGUUGCUGAGAGAGUGGACGUGGCUGAGUGAAGGACAGGACCUUUCCUCUGAUCUUUCCUGACUCUACUGGUUCCCUCGGAGGCAGGGUUUCCCCUAGUUACUGAUACCGGGUCAGAAAUGUCAUGUUAAGGAUUGGAGUUAGACCUGAGGUUAAGGGAUGAUUCUGUCUCAAACUGAUGUCAAACAGAAGAGCCGUCCCAUUCCAGACCCCCUGUUGUGGUCCUCUGCUGCCGCUGUGUGGCGGAGAAGACUUACUGCAGCAGAUUGCAUCGCACAAUUUGACAUUGACUCUUGGGGGUGCUCCAAAAAUAAUGGAUUGAGCCAACAUUUAUAUUUUCCAGGCUUAUUGGCGUGCAAAUAUUAACAUGUGCAACACCGCUGUAAUCUAUACCCUGGUGUAUUGGGGUCAUUUUCAAUCCUGCUUUAAAGGUUGUAGGUUUGAAUGAGGAAAAUGUUGACCACUGGCAUAGCUGUAUUUAAACCUGGUCCAAUCAAAACCAGUAAUCCCACUGGUUGUCCUCUUUACUAAAGUCCUGGUGGUACUGGUUCUAAAGUCUGGUCUGGCCCCUGGUGAUGAUUCCUAAUCUUUCAAAAAUGUUUUUAUGCUUGCCACAAAAUAUUCUCUGACCAAGGUUUUAGCUGUAGCGUUUAUAUUCAGUACCAGUCUCACAGUUCCCCCCCCAAAUAAUUUAAGAGGCCCCAUUGUGGACUUGCUGUGCCACUAUGUAAAACAUAUAUUUCUACUUUAUUUGUUAUCAUAUAGGGCCAUUUUGGGGUCUAGAUUGCAGGAAAUGGCAGUUACAGGUGUUAAAAAAAUAAAUCACUGCCCCCCGGGCCUCCCCCCGGGCCUCCCCCCAGGCCUCCCCGGCAGCACAACGUUAUUAAAAAGUCCUGGGGAGGACCCUGCCUACUGUAACAGUUAGAACUGGGAUUUGGGGGAUUUUUUGGUUUGAAACUGUAUAUUUUCUGAUGCUGGAUCUCUAUGUACAUUACUAAGGCUGAUGCAGAAUAUCCUGUGUGUAUAUACUUAUUUUUAAUUGUUAACAUUUAAUAAUUGAUAUUGCAACAUUUACUGCAGUAUAUUAAUUGGUUGGGUUAUUUUACUUAACUGUGGUCUAUUAUGUGUAAGUACGUGUAUCUGGUUGAAUUAAACUUCAACCACCACAGAUCAAUAAGAAUGCUCAACAUAUGGUGACAUGACUUUAAACAAAAUAUGUAUUAAUUUUGAAUACAGGACACUCAGUGUU